CACGUUCACAUCGUGUGUUUGUUCCUCCUGCAGCAACGUCAGCUCACCUUCACCUCAGGUCAAAGGUCGUCUCCGCUAACCAACCAUGGCUCUGAUCUCUCUGGAAGACCUCGAGGGAUUGGACGAUGAGCAGUUGGAGGAUGACAUCACAGACAACCCUGAACCAAUGGAAGAGGACGACCGCCUGCUGAGACACUGGCAGGCUGUCGCCAGCACACACCAGGUGUCAGUACCUCCAGAGAUGACAGGCCCCAUACAUGAAAUGACCAGAAACAACCAGCAGAAGGAACAACUCUCCUUCACUCCGGUGUCCCGACAUGAGAAGAUGGGGGAGGUGCAGUACGAGGAGCGGGUGUAUCCUGCAGGUAACUGGGCGUGUGUGACCCGAGGGGAGGAGCUUUACGAGCAGAGCAUUUCUAUGGCCUUCAUGAAGUUGAUGCGCUUCAUCUGCAAGGACAACUCUGCUGGCAGGUACCUGGGGAUGACAGUGCCCGUGGUCAGUCACAUCCUCAUGAUGGAGGAUGGGAAAACAUUUCAGAAGGACGUCCAGACGGCAUACUUCCUCCCCGCUGAGUAUCAGUCCAACCCCCCCCUCCCCUCCGACCCAGACAUCACCAUCGUCCACCAAGAGCCAAUCAGAAUCGUUGCCAGGCUGUUCAUUGGGACCACCACGGAGGAGACGGUGACGCGUCAGAUCGAACAGCUGUGGGAGAUUGUGGGCGUGUCCGAUGACCUGCGCAGGGACAGCUACAUGGUCGCCGUUUACGAUAACCCCGGCGUCCCCGGCCGCCGCAACGAGAUCUGGUUCGUCAGACGCCAGCUGUAGACUUCCCAUCAUGCCCUGCUCCAUCUGAUCUUCCUCUGAUUGGCUGCUUGCUACCUGCUCAGUGACACACCUCCAAUAUGACCAAAAGACCAAUCACAAGCAGGUUAUGACUAUUAGCCCCGCCCACUUUAGUUUGUAGGCGCUCUGUCCAAUCAGAUGUUUCUGUGCACCUGAGGGUGCGCAGGUACGGUCACAUGACUGUGAGGUCACAUUACUGACGCAGGUAAGUAAACACACAGGUGUGAGGUCAUGUGACCGUACAUGAGCUUGAUUCUCAGGUGGGACUUUAUUCAAUCAGAGAAACUUUAUUAGUAAACAAAAGAGAAACGACAGAGUUGGUUUUUAAGGAUCACCUGCACAGGUAGGGCCCUGUGAAAUCCAAAAAUGUGUUUUACGAUGUGAUCGGAUCGCGGGUCAUUUUAUCAGAUCAGGAAGCUGAGAAAUUAUCAAAAAAUAAAUCUGCUCGCCUUUUUUUUUUUUUAAGGAAGUCUGGAACCGCCGUGUGACCAAUCAUCGCCGUCUGUAUCCGUAUCACGCCAAUUCAUUUGUUAUCUGGAGAUUCUUGUAGAUAUUGAUCGAGAAGUGGAGCGUGCGUUUAGCUGCAGUGUAUCUUCAGUGUUUGGACGUCGUAGCGUGUGUGUGGAGAGGCUGCGGGGUGACAUCACUGAGUUUUAAUAAACGCAGAGCGCCAACGGAGAAAAGUCAAACGGACCCUUUGACCCAUGAAUGUAAUAUAGAAGAGGAUAUGGCGUUGGAGGCGGAGCCCUGUUAAUUCCUAUUAAAGCUGCUAAGUGGCGAAUGUUUCGACUUCCACGUUUAAAAGUACCCGCUCACAUGGAGUCCCGUGGCGUUGGUCGGUGCAUGGCGGAGGUCAUAGGGCCCUACACAGGUUAAACAGGCUGAUCCCCGCAGUACAUAUGAAAACAGUUAGCUUAGCAUAUAGCAUCCUGACAGAACAAUAUUUGCAGCUACGUUAGCCAGAAGCUAACAGGUAACCGAUAUUUUUGUACAGCUUGUUUGUGAAGAUUUUCAAAAUAAAACAAUGAAUCUGACAGCACAUUAAAUAUUUAACAUUAUGUUUUGAUUGACAGGUGAGUGUUGGUCCCGCCUCCAGGUGUUUUUAUUGACAGCAUGUUUACCUGACUCUAACUCUCUCGUGGUUUCAAGGUUUUUUUUAUUUUCUGAAUAUUUGGUGUAAAAAAUCAGUUAAAAUCAGUUUCUUUGUGCCUGUUGUUUUUAUUUAAUGUACUUCCUGUUUAUUUUCACAGUACAUUUUUUUUAUCAGUUUUCUCUUAAAUUCCAUUUUUGUGUAAAAUAUUAAAUAAAA